GGGCUCGCUGGAGAGCGGACGGGAGAGGAAGAGCGAGCGGAGGCGCUGCGAGCCAAGGGGAAAAGGAUACAUUGUGGAACUCGGGGAGAUUGCAACAUCGGAGCGGGGCGAGAAUGUAACCAACUGAGCGCUCGCCCAGACCCCUGCAAUAACCGGGCAACCUCGUACACCGGCACCGCGUCCCUGCUCGAAAUCAUGACCGAAGACGUCUCCGAGGUUCCGAAAGAGCUGCUCGAAAGCGUCAGGGAUGUUAUUGGCAGGAAGGUUAAAAUCUUCUUGAAGAAGAAGGUGAAACUGGAAAUUAAAGGCGACAAGGUGGAAAAUAAAGUUUUGGUAUUGACAUCAUGCCGAGUGUUUCUCUUGGCAGCACGUAUCCCCACCAAGUUGGAACUCACUUUCAACUAUCUGGAAAUUCAAGGAAUAAGUUGCUGUAAGCCUGGACAACUGGUAAUAGAAACUGACCGAUGCACAUUUGCCCUGAAGUUAACCACUUCAGAAGAGGUGAAUGAAGUGGUGGGCUACCUUGGAUCGUGCCUGAAGAAGAUGCUCCCCGGUCUCUCUCCAAUGAGGGUAAUGAAAAAGGUGACAAUGGAACCUCCAGAUCGACUCUCAUCUGUGCAGGCAUUGUGGGAUAGCCAGAACAUUGCCGAACCUGGGCCCUGUGGCGGAUUCUCUCAGAUGUAUGCAUGUGUUUGUGACUGGCUUGGAUUGCCAUACAGAGAAGAAGUACAAUGGGACGUGGAUACAAUUUACCUUACUCAAGACACCAGGGAACUGAAUUUACAAGACUUCAGCCAUCUUGACCAUAGAGACUUAAUACCAAUUGUUGCUGCCCUGGAGUACAACCAGUGGUUCACAAAACUCUCUUCCAAGGAUCUUAAACUGUCCACAGAUGUUUGUGACCAAAUCCUACGAGUGGUUGCUAGGUCCACACGUUUGGAAGAGCUGGUGCUGGAAAGUGGAGGACUACGAACGGAUUUUGCACAGAAGUUGGCUAGUGCUCUCGCUCACAAUCCCAACUCAGGACUUCACACAAUCAAUCUUGCCAAUAAUCAGUUGGAAGACAGAGGUAUGUCUUCCCUGAGCAGCCAAUUUGCCAAAAUUCCAAAGGGACUGAAACAUUUAAACAUGUCAAAAAUCUCCUUGUCACCUAAAGGGGUGAACAGCCUUGCCCAAUCACUGAGUGCCAACCAACAAAUUUCUAACUCUCUCACACACCUUGACCUCUCAGGGAACUUCCUCCGUGGAGAUGACCUAUCGAACCUGUACAAUUUCCUGUCUCAGCCAAAUGCACUUGUUCAUCUUGAUUUGUCAAACACAGACUGUGCAUUAGAUAUGGUGUGUGCAGCACUUCUGCGGGGCUGUUGCCAACACCUGGCAUCUCUUCAUCUGUCUAAAAGUAUUUUCUCACACAGGAAGGGUAAAGAAGUCCCUCAGUCAUUCAAGAUGUUUUUCAGCAGUUCACUCGCGUUGAAGCACAUCAACUUGUCGGGCACCAAACUUCCUCCGGAUGCAGUCAAAGCACUUUUACUUGGCCUUUCUUGCAAUCCUCAACUGAAAGAAGUCUCGCUUGACCUUAGCAGUUGUGAGCUAAGAUCAGGUGGAGCUCAGAUUUUGGAAGGUUGUAUUGCAGAAGUCCAUAACAUUUCAAAACUGGAUAUUUCAGACAAUGGUUUAGACUCUGAUCUUGCCACGCUUGUAGUGUGGAUGAGCAAGAACAGAUCUAUUCGUCAUCUAGCCUUGGGCAAAAACUUCAACAACAUAAAGUCCAAGAAUCUUGCACCUGUGCUUGAUAAUAUUGUACAAAUGAUUCAGGAUGAAGAAUCACCCCUAGAAUCUCUAUCCCUUGCUGAUUCAAAGCUUAAGACUGAAUUAACGAUAAUAAUCAAUGCUUUGGGAAGCAAUUCUUCGUUAACCAAGGUGGACAUUAGUGGGAACGGGAUGGGAGAUAUCGGUGCUAAGAUGCUGGGGAAGGCACUACAGAUCAACACAAAGCUCAGGACGGUAAUUUGGGACAAGAAUAACAUAACCGCCCAGGGCUUUCAGGAUAUAGCCGUGGCCUUGGAAAAGAAUUAUACCUUGAGGUUCAUGCCUAUUCCUGUCAACGACGCUUCCCAAGCAUUGAAGGCUAAUCCAGAAAAAACAGAGGAAGCCCUGCAAAAGAUCGAGAACUAUCUGCUGCGGAAUCACGAGACCAGAAAGUACCUGCAGGAACAGGCCUACAGGUUACAACAAGGCAUUGUCACCAGUACCACCCAGCAGAUGAUUGACCGGAUGUGUGUAAAAGUACAGGAUCAUCUUAACUCACUGAGAAAUUCGGCUGGAGAUACUGUGCAAGAAGACGUGCGGCUUGCUGAAAACUUCAUGAGGGAUGCCAAAAAUUCCAAAACGCUACUGCCAAAUCUUUACCACCUGCGAGGAGCUUCUUGGGCUGGAUUCAAUGGCUCAUCCAAUCCCAUCGAGGAAAAACUGGAAUCCAUGGCUGGAGAAGUCACACGGGUUGUGGAUGAACAACUCAAGACUAUGUUGGAGUCCAUGGUUGAUGCAGCUGAAGGACUCUGCCCUCAUGUGAUGAAAAAAGCCCACCUGCGGCAGAAUUUAAUAGAGGCCUCCACCGAGAAAGUUUCCAUCCCACGGACCUUUAUCAAGAACGUUCUGCUUGAGCAAUCAGGCAUCGAUAUUCUUAAUAAAAUUAGUGAAGUCAAGCUGACCGUUGCAUCAUUUCUGUCUGAUCAUAUAGUAGAUGAAAUCUUGGAAGCACUAUCAAGCUCACAGCACAAACUGGCCAACCAUCUCACAAAACGCGGAAAGCCACUGCCACGGCAGGAGUCCACAGAAAUAGAAGUGCUGGAAGAGAAGACAGCGAAGCGACUAGCUGUCACUGCUGAGGAGCUGACAGAAUUGGAGAGGCUGGAGGAACUCGAUACCUGCAUGACUCUCUGCUGUACCAGUAUGACUCCCAAGUCGAAGAGGAAAAGUAUCCACAGCAGAAUGCUCCGCCCUGUUUCCAGAGCAUUUGAGAUGGAGUUUGACUUAGAUAAGGCCCUGGAGGAGAUCCCGGUCCAUUUUGAUGAGUCAACUCCUGCCUCAGGCAGCUACAGCAAGCAAGAAAGGUCAUCACGGCCCAGCAGCAUGAUGACUGAACUACCCUCAGAAGAAGUAAAGAAACUGGAGCAUUAUACGAAAUCUAGACCCAAGAGGAACAAAAAGUUACCGCCAAGCAAGACAGCUGUUUCUGCAACAGAUUGCCAGGAGAAUGAGAACAAUGGCCUUAUGAACAGAGUUGAUGAGGGUGUGGAUGAAUUUUUCACCAAGAGGAUAACACGAAUGGAAUCAAAGAGACUUUCACUAAGGAGCUCCGACUCUCUGGAUUCUGGCGAUUCAGAUGACAAAAAGCGGAAGGACUCCAAAAAAAGUAGUUUUCUAAAUUUAAUCAAAUCGCGAUCCAGCAAAGCAGAAAGGCCCCAGACCGUCGUUGUUCCAGAGGAGCCGUUGUCACCCAAAGGUGGAAUGAAAAGUCCAGCCAAUGAUCUAACCAGGAAGGACUCAAAGCAAGUGGAACAAAACGGCAACAUGGAACAAUCUGAGGGACACAAAACACCUGAUUCUGUGGAUGCCGUAUUGGAGGAUGCAGGCAAGGUGGAGAAAUUAGACAGUAAAAGCAGUCCACAAGGUGGUCGCUGGUAUGGAGUGCAAGUGAUGGGCAGCGGACUCCUGGCAGAGUUUAAGGCUAAGCAGGAGAAGCGGGCUGCAGUGCAAAAGAAACUUGAAAAUGAAGCAGGAAGUAAGGAAUUAUAUGAGAAUUUGUCAUGUGUAGACCGACUGGAUGAAACUGGAAGAGCCAAGGGUCAGCAAACCCAAAAAGGAGAUCCCAGCUUAACUUCACCGGAGAAACUUACAAAACCUGAACCAAAGACUGAAGCCGUGAAACCUAAAAGUUCCUCCACCACACCUACCAGUCCAAAAACACCACCUCAGAUUCUCAAGCCAGGCAAUAUGGGACGGCCUAGUAUUCCUCAAAAGCCAAGACCCAGCUGGAGCGCAGAGGAAACCCCAGAAUCACCAUCUGGUAACUCUUCCCCCAAAAUUGCUCUGGUCCCACCUGUUCUAAGGCGAAUACCAUCAGAUAAGGAUGGGCAGAGCAGCCCCCCUUUCAGUGGGCCCAGCAGCUGGUCAUCUUCACAUGAAGAGCUAUUUGGACUUGAUAGUAGAACUGACACAGAAAAUGAUUCUGAAAUGGCAAAAAAUGGAGCACGUGUCAAAAGAACACUGAGGCAAUCAUCUACUGGAGUGGUGAAUGAUGCAAGCGAGAUUGAGCACAAGAAAUCACAGCCAAUGACUGUCCGCCAAAGUUCUAUGACGGAAGCCAGCUCCAAGCAAAGCCCUCAAUCGGAAGAAAGCAAGCCGGAUCGAUUUACUGACGAUCAAGAGUUUCGAGCGAAGGAGAGGACAGCAAAGAGAGAGCGGCAGCAUUCGAAAACAGAGGGAAAGAACGGCAGCAAGUCCAGUGAUUCUGGAGAGGAAGGCGACAAAGACUACAUAUUUGUAUAAAGGCUUUGGGAAUAGAGGUUGCACAGCACAAGAGCACACAGUGAAACAGGCGAUCAGGGUGUAAUGAUGACCUGAGAUGUUUCUAUUCACCAGCCAAACAUCAAACAAAUACAUUUUUUAAAAACUGGAAAACUAUUGGGAUUCCUGGCUUUCAAUUUUUUUAAAUAUUUGAUUCUUUAAAAUAAUCUACAUUAAUUUACUGCAUGCUUAAAAUGCUUUGCCAUCACCCCAAUCUCAUCCCUUAAUCUGUUUUCACUGCUUCCCAAUUCUGACAAUGGUUAGAUGCCAAUAAUUUCUCUUACACUGGAAUUUUGUAUAACAGCUCUGAGGAACACAAGAACAUUAGAAAACAUGCAAUGGAACUGGAAACUUUUUGGGGUUGGUUUCUGUAUAAUAUUCAGAAAGUUUAUGGAUAUACCCCUGUGUGCUUGUGUGUGACAAAUGUGCACAUGAGAUAUAAUCCUGUAUGCAAGUGAGAAAAUUAAUGCUACUAAUUGAGCACAGUAAUGAAAUAGAUUUGUAUAAUUUAUUAUAAAUAAAAAGGGGAGCUUGGAUAAGGGUUUGUAAUCCUACAGCAGGGCAUCUUUUGUCCUCAAGAUGUACAGAUACUUCAUUUCAGUUUAUUAAAUAAGUUGUCAUAAACAUUCUCAUAAGCACAACGAGCAAGAGUAUGCGGGGUGUAACUUUUAGCAGUUUCGUGUAAUGACUGAUGGAACAGGGAAGUAUGUUUUUAUUUUAAUCAUUAGGCUAGCAGAUGAUUUACCCACUUUUACAUCUGAAAUAAUUUUUAUCAGUUUCGCCUUCCAGUGACAUAUAUUGCUCACUGUAGGUUAGUUAGUUCCAGUGUAGGUGGGAUUUCUUCAUGUAUAUAUUUGUACCAAUAAAGAGAAUGAUUCAUA